GAGCUAGGCUGGCAGAUAACGGUGUGCAUGGCGCAUGCUCCUGGCCGGAGCUAAACAGGGCACUCUCUGUGUGAGACUGGCACAGGAAUGAAGAGCGCAGGAGACAGCCCCAGUGCACUGGCUGGAUAGCUGCACAGGUAGCCGCACGUUGUGGAGCUAUGCCAGGCAUGUGAGUCAGCUGGCAGGGCACAUGAGCCGCAUUGUGUGAGGAGCCCCCGCGUCCUUCCGUCCUCUGACAGGAGAAGCCCGACCGGCGAUGUCCAGCUGAUCCACCGGCCGCAGACAUGUGGAGACCCACGGAGCACGAGAAAUACGGCGUGGUGGUGGCCAGCUUUCGAGGAACAAAUCCACAUGGCUUAACAUUAGAGAUUGGAGACACUGUACAAAUUCUUGAGAAAUGUGAAGGCUGGUACAGAGGAUUUGCACUGAAGAAUCCAAAUGUCAAGGGUAUUUUUCCUUCAAGUUACAUACACCUCAAGAAUGCUUCUGUGAAAAACAAAGGGCAAUUUGAAAUGGUCGUUCCUACUGAAGACUCUGUUAUUACUGAAAUGACCUCUACCUUAAGAGAUUGGGGCACAAUGUGGAAACAGCUUUACGUGAAAAAUGAAGGUGAUCUCUUUCACCGCCUGGGCCACAUAAUGAAUGAGAUUCUUGAUCUGCGCAGACAAGUGCUAGUGGGACAUCUGACUCAUGAUCGCAUGAAGGAUGUGAAGCGACACAUAACAGCCCGUCUGGACUGGGGAAAUGAGCAGUUGGGUCUAGACUUGGUUCCAAGGAAAGAGUUUGCUAUGGUAGAUCCAGAAGAAAUCAGUGUUACUGAAUUAUACAGACUAAUGGAGCACAGGCACAGAAAAAAAGAUACUCCAGUGCCAGCAAGCAGCCACCACCUAUUUGUGCAGAUGAAGAGCUUAAUGUGUUCAAAUCUGGGAGAGGAACUAGAAGUGAUAUUCUCACUUUAUGACAGCAAAGAAAAUCGACCAAUUAGUGAACGAUUCUUUGUAAGAUUAAACAGAAAUGGACUGCCAAAAUCUCCGGAAAAGACUGAAAGAUAUAGUUCUGUUUUUGUUGACUUGAGUUCAAGUGACCUUCGGAAAGACAUUUUCAUCACUGUACACAUAAUCAGAAUUGGUCGUAUGGGAGCUGGAGAGAAGAAGAACUCUUCUAAUGUGCAAUAUCGUCGACCUUUUGGUUGUGCCGCUCUCAGCAUUGCUGACCUGUUAACAGGGGAGUCAAAAGAUGACCUCAUUUUAAAAGUUUAUAUGUGCAACACAGAAAGUGAUUGGUAUCAAAUCCAUGAAAAUAUUAUCAAGAAAAUGAAUGCUCGAUAUAACUUAACAGGCUCAAAUACAGGCUUGGCAGUUUCUCUUCAGCUGCUUCAUGGAGACAUUGAACAAAUUAGAAGAGAUUACUCUUCAGUGUUUACCCGUGGGGUCUCUAUAACAAGAAAGCUCGGCUUCUCCGAUGUCAUUAUGCCUGGUGAAAUGAGGAACGAUUUAUACAUCACUAUAGAAAAAGGAGAAUUUGAAAAAGGGGGAAAAAGUGUUGCAAGAAAUGUUCAAGUUACCAUGGUUAUUGUGAACAAUGAGGGACAGAUUCUAAAGGAUUAUAUAUCUUUUGGUUCAGGAGAACCGGCUGCUCAUGAGUAUCAUUCAUUUGUAUUAUAUCACAACAACAGCCCGAGAUGGGCCGAAUUACUAAAGCUUCCUAUACCUGUGGAUAAAUUUAGAGGAGCACAUAUCCGAUUUGAAUUCCGACAUUGUUCUACAAAGGAGAAGGGUGAGAAAAAAUUGUUUGGCUUUUCAUUCAUUCCACUGAUGCAAGAAGAUGGCCGAACAUUUCCAGACGGCACCCAUGAACUCAUUGUGCACAAGUGUGAAGAGAACACAGUUUUCCAAGAUUCCUGUCGCUACCUCAAACUCCCAUUUUUGAAAGGAAAUCUACAAGGAAAUAAUAAUCAAGCUGUUAAAAAUACAAAAGAGUCUUUUUGGAUAACCUCAUUCCUUUGUUCAACCAAGCUGACACAAAACGGGGACAUGCUGGAUCUGCUUAAAUGGAGGAUGCAUCCUGAUAAAAUCCCAGGCUCGUUGUCUAAGUUAAAGGAGAUUGACGGAUCUGAAAUUGUGAAGUUUCUGCAGGAUACACUGGACACAUUAUUUGGCAUUCUGAAUGAAAGUUCUCAGAAGUACAGCUCGAAAGUCUUUGAUUGCUUGGUUCAUAUAAUAAACUUACUACAAGACAGUAAAUUCCAGCACUUUAAACCAGUAAUGGACACUUACAUAGAAGGACAUUUUUCAGGUGCCCUUGCUUACAGAGACCUCAUAAAAGUGCUGAAGUGGUAUGUGGACCGAAUAGUUGAAGCUGAACGGCAGGAGCACAUCCAGGAGGUGUUAAAGGCUCAAGAAUACAUUUUUAAAUAUAUUGUUCAAUCUCGGAAGCUUUUUUCGUUUGCAACUGGUGGACAGAAUGAGGAAGAAUUCCGCUGCAGUAUUCAAGAACUAAUGAUGUCCAUACGUUUUUUCCUAUCCAAAGAAAGCAAAGGAACGAGUGCUUUGUCUCAGUCACAGGCUGUGUUUCUGAAUUCUUUCCCAGCAGUAUACUCAGAGCUGCUGAAGCUGUUUGAUGUUCGGGAAGUGGCAAACUUGGUGCAUGAUACUCUGGGCAGUCUGCCAACAAUCCUGCAUGCAGAUGACUCCCUUCAGGAGACAAAACUUCAAUGUAUUGCAAAGACAGUGGAGAGUGAUCUCUAUAUCAAUCCUGAGCCCCGGUUUAUUCUUCUGCCUGUCGUCCUUCACCACCUCCACAUGCAUCUGCAGGAGCAGAGAGAUCUUGUAAUGUGCGCACGUAUCCUUAGCAACAUGUUUUGUCUCGGCAAGAAAAACAGCUCUGAAAAGUCUGCCAUGAAGGAAAUUGACGUGAUUGUGAACAGCUUGCUGGAUAUUUUAUUACGGACUAUUUUAGAGAUUACAAGUAGACCUCAGCCCUCAGGCUCUGCAAUGAGACUUCAGUUUCAGGAUGUGACUGGUGAAUUUGUUGCCUCUUUACUGUCCUUGUUGCGGCAAAUGACCGACAGACACUACCAGCAACUUCUAGAAAGCUUCAACACAAAGGAUGAACUUCGAGAUUUUUUGCUGCAGAUUUUUACAGUGUUUCGAAUACUUAUAAGACCGGAAAUGUUUCCUAAAGAUUGGACUGUUAUGCGGUUUGUUGCCAACAAUGUCAUUAUUACAACUGUAUUGUAUCUUUCCGAUGCUCUUCGUAAGAACUUCUUAAAUGAGGGCUUUGAUUAUAAGAUAUGGGAUUCAUACUUUUACCUUGCAGUCAUCUUCAUAAACCAGUCUUGUUUACAGCUGGAGAUGUUUACCCCUUCUAAGAUGAAAAAAGUGCUGGAGAAAUAUGGGGACAUGCGUGUGACAAUGGGCUGUGAAAUCUUCAGUAUGUGGCAGAAUUUAGGUGAACACAAACUGCAUUUUAUCCCAGCCUUGAUCGGUCCAUUCCUAGAGGUAACAUUGAUACCCCAACCUGACUUGCGGAACGUAAUGAUCCCUAUUUUCCAUGACAUGAUGGACUGGGAGCAAAGAAGAAGUGGCAACUUUAAACAGGUUGAAGCAAAGCUAAUUGAUAAGCUGGAUAGCCUGAUGUCGGAAGGAAGAGGUGACGAAACAUACCGGGAGCUCUUCAACAGUAUUUUAUUGAAGAAAAUUGAGCGGGAAACAUGGAGAGAAAGUGGAGUAUCCUUAAUCGCCACAGUUACCAGACUCAUGGAACGGUUGCUGGACUACAGAGACUGCAUGAAAAUGGGAGAAGUAGAUGGAAAAAAGAUUGGGUGCACCGUUAGUCUAUUGAAUUUUUAUAAGACAGAAUUGAACAAAGAAGAAAUGUAUAUACGGUAUAUUCACAAACUAUAUGAUCUGCAUAUGAAAGCACAAAAUUUCACAGAGGCUGCAUAUACCCUUCUCCUAUAUGAUGAGUUACUGGAAUGGUCUGAUCGUCCACUCAGAGAAUUUCUCAGCUACCCAAUGCAGACAGAGUGGCAACGGAAAGAGUAUCUGCAUAUGACAAUCAUACAGAAUUUUGAUCGAGGGAAGUGUUGGGAGAAUGGAAUAAUACUUUGCAGGAAACUCGCGGAGCAGUACGAAAACUAUUAUGACUACAGGAAUCUCAGCAAAAUGAGGAUGAUGGAAGCAUCGCUGUAUGAUAAAAUAAUGGACCAACAGCGCCUGGAGCCAGAGUUCUUUCGGGUUGGAUUUUAUGGGAAGAAAUUCCCUUUCUUUUUAAGAAACAAGGAAUUUGUUUGUCGGGGCCAUGACUAUGAGAGAUUGGAAGCUUUCCAGCAGCGCAUGCUUACAGAAUUCCCACAUGCCAUUGCAAUGCAGCAUGCCAACCAGCCCGAUGAAACCAUCUUCCAGGCAGAAGCACAGUAUUUACAGAUUUAUGCAGUCACUCCUAUUCCUGAAAGCCAAGAGGUCCUUCAGAGAGAGGGGAUUCCUGAUAAUAUCAAAAGCUUUUACAAAGUAAAUCACAUUUGGAGAUUCCGUUAUGACCGACCUUUCCAUAAGGGCACAAAGGACAAGGAAAAUGAAUUCAAGAGCCUCUGGAUAGAGAGGACAGCUCUGACCCUGGUGCAAAGCCUGCCUGGUAUCUCACGAUGGUUUGAGGUUGAAAAACGUGAAGUGGUUGAGAUGAGCCCACUUGAAAAUGCAAUUGAGGUCUUAGAAAAUAAGAAUCAACAACUAAGAACUCUAAUCAGUCAGUGUCAGACCCGGCAGAUGCAAAAUAUAAACCCCCUGACAAUGUGCCUGAAUGGGGUAAUUGAUGCUGCAGUUAAUGGGGGAGUUUCCAGGUAUCAGGAGGCUUUCUUUGUGAAGGAGUAUAUCUUCCACCACCCUGAGGAUGGAGAUAAGAUCUCACGCCUGAGAGAACUAAUGCUGGAACAGGCCCAGAUAUUAGAAUUUGGCUUAGCUGUUCAUGAAAAAUUUGUUCCUCAAGAUAUGAGACCAUUGCACAAGAAGAUGGUGGACCAGUUCUUUGUACUGAAAUCAAGCCUAGGAAUACAGGAUAUCUCAGCUUGUGUACCACCUAGCCCUGUAAAUUACCCCAAUGGAAGUCCUCGCAUCCCUAGAAACUCAGCACCAGCUAUUAUGGGUCCAGAUGCUGCUCGUGUGGUACCAAGACGAAGCCCAUUGAGUUACCCAGCGAUAAACAGAUACUCUUCAUCCUCCCUCUCCUCCCAAGCAUCAGCUGAAGUUAGUAAUUUGACGGGGCAAUCAGAAAGUUCUGAUGAAGUAUUUCACAUGCAGCCUAGUCCUUCUACCUCAAGUUUGAGUUCUACACAUUCCGCUUCUCCAAAUGUGACAAGUUCUGCCCCCUCAAGUGCCAGAGCUUCCCCUCUGUUAUCUGACAAACACAAGCAUUCCCGAGAAAAUGCCUGCCUGUCCCCAAGAGAGAGACCCUGCAGUGCCAUAUUUCCAAUCCCAGCAGAACCUCCCCAGAGGGUACUUUUUAAUCACAUUGGAGAAAACACCUUGCCCCGGAGUGACCCAAACCUCUCGGCUCCAGAUAAAGCAGUGAACACAACCCCAAGCAGUUGGAGCCUGGAUAGUGGGAAAGAAGCCAAAAACAUGUCAGAGAGUGGAAGGCUCAUAACUCCUCCUGUGCCACCCAGGCCCACGCAAGCCGCUUCUCCAGCUAGAAAUAUUGCUGCCGUGUCUCCUUCCAUAAUGGGAAGAUCCCCAAUGAAGGGCUCAAUGCAGUCAUUUACACCAUCUCCUGUGGAUUGCCAUCCUAGCAUGAUGUCCAAUUCCCCAGUCUUGUCUGGAAGCUGCAGCAGUGGCAUUUCUUCUCUAAGUCGUUGCAGCAUCUCGGAAAUGUCAGGUUUUGAGAGUCAAAUUUUUGAGCAAACAGGAUCAUGCUCAAGUUAUGGUAUAUCAGAGGAACCAACAAGAAAGGAGAAUAAAACACCACCACCAUACAGUGUGUAUGAACGGACUUUAAGGCGCCCUGUACCUGUACCUCAAUGUCUUUCCAUACCUGCUCCUAUUGACCCUCCAGCUUUACCGCCCAAACCUGGCCCAGCACGUCCAACAAGUCUGGAGAAUGGCAAAAGGACUGAUCCAUUGCCACGCCCAAGGCCUUUCCCAAGGAAAGUAUCUCAGUUGUAACAGAAAUGCUGAACAAACAAUAUGACCUUGCAGAACAAGUAACCCCAAGGGGUCCUGUGAUAAUUAAAGAUUGCAAAAGGCUUAUAGACGUAAUAAAAGUAUGGGCACUUUAUUAAUUGUUUACUUUUUGGUUCUCUUAAUGAGUGAAGAAUUUUGUUAUGUAUUAUUGUUUUGCACAUUAUUAUAGAAAUAUUAAUUCAGGAGUAACUUGACAAGAGGCACUUUGGAUCACAUACAUAAACCACAUGUUCACGGAGUAUGUGCUCUUACUGGAAAUGAAUUUGAUAUCAUCAUUUCUUAUGGUUUUAUGAAUCUGUAUAGAGUGUUUAAUUAUGUGUUUCAUAGAUUUGUUUUUGUGUUUUGGUUUUAUUUUAAAGAUACUUGAUUCAUUGCUUUUAACCAUUAAACUGGCCAACUCCAAAUUUGUUAUAUGCGCUAACCUCAGAUUUAUAAUAUAUUAUUUGAUGACCCUGUUAACAUAUUAAUUUUAUGAGUAUAGUAUUCUUGAUUUUUUCCACUGGAUAAGGGGUUUUCCAUGUAUAGUGUAUAUAUAAAUUUCUGCUCAGUGGCGAUAAAUUAUCUUCCGUAUUUUAUGCAUUUUGUAGAUGUUUUAUAAACUCACGUGAGGGGAAAAUUUCCAGAACUGCAUGUAUAACGAGGUUGUUUCAGUGGUCAGAGCAGAAAAGUAAAUCCUGUACGCUACAUACUUGUCUCUGCUUAUAGUCUUGCUAGUGGCCGUUUGUUUGAUGCACAUUCACUUGUCAAAGCAACGUGUGAAAGACAGUACAACUAGGGUUGCUUUAGUGGUUCAAUAAUGCAGAACUUUUCUACAGCAUUGUCUUGGUUUUACUUUGUCCUUUGAAACAAUGGAUCUGAAGUUAGAGUUAUCUGUAGCCAAAUCAAAACAGUUCAGUAAUUUGGUCCGUUAUUUUCAUCAGUUAGGGUGCAUUCACACAACCGUAAGAGUUUUGCGGAUGUGAAAAACACUGAUACUGUCCAGGUGCAUUCCGCAUUUUGUGGACCGCACAUGGCUGGUGCUAUAUAGAAAAUUCCUAUUCUUGUCCGCGACUGCGGAAAAGAAUAGGACAUGCUCUAUUUUUAUGUCGGGGCCGCGGAAUGGAAC